GUGGACGACCCAAUAAGAAGUUUGGGAAAGUGUGACCAGAUUAUUAGAAUCACUCCAAAUCCAAAUCUCGGUGCCUUCAAUAAUUCCGACCAUGAGUCAACUCGCGAUUAUAUGUUGUUGUAUAUCAUUAUCAAAGCCAUCCUUGUGUCAAUACGGAAUCUUUAUUGA